AGGGACGUAUGACUUUCCCGGACGUGGCGGUGGAGACGGUGUAUGACGUUCUCCAUGACAUCGAAUAUCGCAGGAAGUGGGACGUGACGAUGAUUGAGACCCGGGACAUCGCCCGCCUCUCUCUGAACGCCGACGUCGGAUAUUACUCCUGGAAGUGCCCCAAGCCUCUGAAGAACCGCGACGUGGUCACCCUUCGCUCCUGGCUCGCAUUGCCCGACUCGUAUACCAUCAUCAACUUCUCCGUCAAAAACACGACAUGUAUCCCCCUCGGAAGGACAUGGUCCGGGCCGUCUCCUAUAUGGCGGGCUACCUAGUCAGGUCCAACGGCCCCGCAAGCUCCACACUCACCUACCUGGCACAGGUGGACCCCAGAGGUUCAUUACCAAAGUGGGUGGUGAAUAAAUCUUCCCAGUAUUUGGCACCAAAGAUUCUUCGGAAGCUGCACAAGGCGUGUCUCCAGUACCCGUCGUGGAAGAAGAAGAACGAGCCGGACUUUAAGCCGUGGCUAAAUCCAGAGCAGAACACGCUUCCUCGUAUAUCCCUUAAUGAGCUCUCCAUGCAGAGGGCGGAGUCCCUGGAACACGUGGACGAGAGUCAGCUGUGCGAGAUCUCCGAGGACAAAGGUGACCACAGCGAGGAGGAGGAGGACAAGACGUCCCGGAGAUGA